AUAUUUUAUAGUUUAUUGAAGACAAUUAUUGUCUUUGUUAAUGUUAAUGGCCAAUUGAUUUCGCAUUAGUAGAAAUUAGGGUUUGGUCGACAGUUGUGUUAUAAUAACCUAUAUAAAUACUAUUUUGACGUUUUUCACUGUCAAUUGUUUAUAGAAUCUAAUAACAUAGUUAUUAGAAAAUCCAUAUGAAAUUUUUGACGAAUUGUUAGUUAAAAAUAAAAAUGGUUAAAUUAUAUGCUUUAACAAUACUGUACAAAGGUCCAACAUCAGCGACAGCUUUAAAAUCUGUUUAUGACGUUGAUUCAUUUUCCUAUUUUCAACGUGGAAGUGUCAAAGAAUUUAUGGGAUUUGUGAGUAAGACAAUAACUGAGAGAACUCAAAUUGCAUCACGACAAAGUGUUAAAGAAGGAGAAUAUAUGUGUCAUGUUUACGUAAGAGGUGACAGUUUAGCUGGCGUUUUAAUUUCGGAUCAUGAAUAUCCGAACAGAGUGUCACAUACACUUAUUACCAAAGUAUUAGAUGAAUUUGCAGCAAAGUAUCCUUCUAAUUCAUGGCCAACAUUGAAUGAACCGACUUGUGAUUUUCCACAAGCUAAUGUUUAUCUUGCUAAGUAUCAAAAUCCUCGGGAAGCUGACUCAUUGACUAAAAUGCAAAAUGAUCUGGACGAAACUAAAAUCAUACUUCACAGCACUUUAGAAGCAGUAUUACAAAGAGGUGAAAAAUUGGAUGAUUUAGUUCAAAAAUCAGAAGGUCUGAGUAUACAAUCUAAAGCAUUUUAUAAAACUGCACGUAAAACUAAUUCUUGCUGCAGUUUGACAGCUUAAAAUAUCAUAUAUUCAUGGUAUAUACCUAACAAAUGUACAAUAAAGACGUUUACAUAAAUUAUAUUAUAUAUAAAUAUCAUUAUAUAUAUAUAUAUA